AUGUUGGACAUUAAUGCUUUCCUUGCUGACAAGGGUGGAGACCCAGAGAAGAUCAGGGUCUCGCAGAGAAAAAGAGGCGCUCCAGUGGAGAUUGUCGAUGAGAUCAUUCAGGGCUACAAGGACUGGACCAAGAUUAGAUUCGACUUGGACGCCUUGAACAAGAAGCAAAACGCGCUACAGAAGCAGAUUGGCCAGAAGUUCAAGGCCAAGGAGGAUGCCAGCGCGUUGUUGGCGGAAAAGGACCAGCUUGCCGAGGAGAAGAAGCAGCUCGUGGAGGUCGAGCAGAAGGCCGACGCAGACUUGCGCUUCAAGGUCAACCAGGUUGGCAACAUUGUCCACGAUUCCGUUGUAGAGUCCCUGGACGAGGCUAACAACGAGAUUGUCAGGACCUGGAAACCCGAGAACUACGCGGAAAUCUCCGAGGUGGCAUCUGCCACCGGUGUGCCCGCCAAGUUGUCCCACCACGAGGUGCUCUUAAGAUUGGACGGCUACGACCCAGAGAGAGGUGUUAAGAUUGUGGGCCACCGUGGAUACUUCUUGAGAAAAUGGGGUGUUUUCUUGAACCAGGCCUUGAUCAACUACGGCUUGGCCUUCUUGUACGAGAAGGGCUACCUCCCAUUGCAGGCCCCCGUCAUGAUGAACAAGGAGAUCAUGGCCAAGACCGCACAAUUGUCCCAGUUCGACGAGGAGUUGUACAAGGUCAUCGAUGGCGAAGACGAGAAGUACUUGAUCGCCACUUCCGAGCAGCCCAUUUCCGCCUACCACUCCAACGAGUGGUUUGAGAGUCCAUCCGAGCAGUUGCCUAUUAAGUACGCCGGCUACUCGUCUUGUUUCAGAAGAGAGGCCGGUUCGCACGGCAAGGACGCUUGGGGCAUUUUCCGUGUGCACGCGUUUGAGAAGAUCGAGCAGUUCGUGUUGACUGAGCCCGAGAAGUCUUGGGAGGAGUUCGACAGCAUGAUCGAGAACUCCGAGGAGUUCUACAAGUCGCUCGGCUUGCCUUACCGUGUGGUGGGCAUUGUGUCUGGCGAGUUGAACAACGCCGCUGCCAAGAAGUAUGACUUGGAAGCGUGGUUCCCAUACCAGAAGGAGUACAAGGAGUUGGUGUCGUGCUCCAACUGCACAGACUACCAGUCAAGAAACUUGGAGAUCAGAUGCGGCAUCAAGCAGCAGAACCAGAUCGAGAAGAAGUACGUGCACUGCUUGAACUCCACCUUGUCUGCCACCGAGAGAGCCUUGUGCUGUAUUUUGGAGAACUACCAGAAGGAGGACGGAAUUGUUGUGCCCGAGGUCUUGAGACUGUACAUCCCAGGCAAGCCCGAGUUUCUUCCAUUCACCAAGGAGUUGCCUAAGAACAGCACCUCCAAGAAGAAGAACUAG